AUGGCUGCUCAACCUACUGCACAGCCUACCCCCGGCGAGCCCGCCGCUGUUAAGCCCAUCGCGGCUCAGUCCGGCGCUGCUCAACCCACUGGUUCUCAGGGCGACACUCAGUCUGCUUCCCAUGGCGGCACUCAGACCGGCACUCAGACUGGCUCCCAGACCUGCACUCAAGUUGGCACUCAGGCUGGCACUCAAGCUCCCAAGUCCGGCGUUCAGCCUAUUCAGGUUCAACCUACUCAGACCAGCAUCGAGCCAGUCACUCAGUCCAAAGCCACGGCUCCGCCGGUCGGCAUUCAGACUCAAUCUGAGACUAUUGCUGAGAAGGUCGACCAGGAGGUUGCUGCUAAGCUUCGCGACGAUCCCAUGCACAUCACUCAUGAAGAUGCUGCUCGUGCUCAGAGCGCCGAACAGCGUGCUCUGGGUCACCGUCCUCCGCAUGGCAGUAUUGCGGCUCAAGCUCAAUCCCAGGCUGACAAGGUCGAUAACUUCCAUGCUGUAGCCGACCCCGUUCAGCAAGAGAUGAAGACCGACCCGUCCCACGUCACUUCCGAGGAGGCGCGUCACGUUCUGAGCGCCGAGCAUAAGGCCUUGGGUCACUACCCUCCCAAGGACAGCCUCUCUGCUGAAGUCCAACGCCUCGCUGCUGCUAAUGAGCGCUCGGCUGGUACCGCAAUUGGCACUGCGACCAACACAGAUACCAAGGAGGCCACCGGCACUACGGACACCACGGCCAAGGUCAGCAACACGAACAAUGCCGAUACCACUGUCAACACGGGAACUCAGACUAGUGCCUCCUCUAACAACGAGAACAACACUCCCGUCAGUGGCGCUAACAGCGCCAACCCUGCCACCGCAGCUGACUUGAAGGGCUGAUUGGAACUUAUGCCUGGUUUGAGGGGGUUACUCCGCGCUGGAGGCCUUCCAUCGGUCUUUGAUAGCAGGCGUCAUUGUGGAUGGGAGUCGGAGCUGCGAGGUCAAGUCGAUUCAGUCUCGGCCGCACUGCUCUAUAGCGAUGGGCAGCAACACCAGC